AUGUUGAAAGCCAGAACGGACUUGAGAAACUUGACAACUGGAAUAGUGCUCUUAUUUCAGACAGCACUUGGUAUUCUAGGAAACUUCUUUCUUCUUUUCGCCUAUCUAAUCAUUUACUUCAAUGAACAUACUUUAAAGGUCAUAUAUAGGAUUUUUAUACAUGUGUUCAUAUCCAACUCCUUGACUAUUAUCUCUGUUGGAAUCCCUGCAGCAUGUGGAGCUUUUGGUUGGAAUUUGGGAUUUAGUCAUUUUGGAUGCAAGCUUCUUUCUUAUGUACAAAGACUUGCCAGGAGUGUGUCUAUCAGCACUACCUGUGUCCUGAGUGUUUUUUGGGUAAUCACCAUCAAUCCCAGAAACAACUGCUGGAAGGAAUUUAAAAUCAAAACUACAGAGUUUGUGGGCCUAUAUAUUUGCCUUAGUUGGAUCCUGUUGAUGCUAGUAAAUAUGCUUUUCCCUGUCUACACAACUACCAAUAGGAAUUUAGAAAAUGUGACACAAAUGGGUGAUUUUCAUUUCUGCUACUCUGUAGGCCGUGACAAAACAGUAGAUUUAUUGUAUAUAGCAUUUUGUAUGUUUCCAGAAGUCUUAUUUUCUGUACUCCUUGUCUGUUCCAGCAUCUUUAUGAUUGUCAUACUUUAUGGACACAAGAAGAGGGUUCAACACACCCUUCAUGCUCAUGCGUCCAUCAGAACCUCUGCUGAAAUCAGAGCUAUACAGAACAUCCUCAUUCUGGUUUGCACCUUUCUAGUAUUUUAUACUCUCUCUUCCAUUUUACUAGGCUAUAUUGCUAUUUUAGAUAAUCCCAGUGGGUGGUUGAUUAAUAUCACAGCCAUAAUUUCUAUGUCUUUUCCUACAUUAUGUCCAUUUGUGAUAGGUCAUGAUUUUACAGUUUCUAGAUUCUGCUUUACCUGA